AUGACCUCUUCCUCAAUGAAACUCGCUGUCGUCGUUUGCUUCGCGCUUGCCUUGCUAUCCAUUGCAGCGCCCACACCUAUCACUCGUGAUGGAGAAGCCAACAUUCCAGGAUGGCAAUCAAUUUACGGCGUUGGACCUGUUGUUCAGUCCAAGGCCAUCGAGGGCGAAGCACCAGGGAUCCCAGGAUGGCACCCGAUCUACGGACACGGUCCCAUCGUUCCAUCCCAUUUCAAUGGGCGUGAGGUAGAUGCGCCUGUGCCUCGACCAACUAAAUACGCCAUCGAUUAUUUACCAAACAAGGGCCAGGGCAAUGUCGACGAUGCGUCGCCAGCACCUACUACCACUGCCAAAAAGCCAAAUCCAUCCAAAUACGCCGUCGACUACUUACCUGGGUAUCCUGUCACCACUGCCCCGAAGCCGAAUCCAUCCAAAUAUGCCAUUGAUUACUUGCCGGGCUAUGGAUCCAGACCAUCGUCGCCAACAACUGUAGACGACAACGCGAACUUACCCAAGCCGACCAAGUCUUCGAAAUAUGCCAUUGACUAUAUGCCAACUUGGGCUGUUCCCGCCCCAAAAGAGACCUCUGUAUAA